AGCUCAGUGUUGUGUCGUUAGGACAGAGACAGGAGAAUGAUCAUACCUACAGCUACAACAUUCAGCUUAGUGCUACUGCUGUACUGCUCUCUGUCUCACAGUCUCACACAGUUCAACACUGUGACUGGAAGGAUACCUGAUGACCAACAGGAGACGACUUCCUGGAGGUUCAGGAACCGAUCAUCUGUUCCUGAGGGGCUGGACGUGAGGCUGAGGGAGCUGGAUCUGUCCAACAACGUUAUAAGACAUAUAAACGGCCAGAAUCUGGCUCUUCCAUCCCUACUGAGACUGGACCUCAGCUACAACCAGCUAGAGAUCAUAUCUGAAGGGGCUUUCAGAGAUGUGGCCCAGCUUCAAGAGCUGAACUUGGCAAGGAAUGCAUUGAGCCACAGUGUGGACAGUACCAGCCGAGCUCUUGGGUCUCUCCGCAGACUGAGAAGGUUGGAUAUCUCUCUGAACGGUCUGGAUGAUGACACGGCGGAACUUUACCUUCGUGACAAAUCAAUUCUAGAACGCCUAGAUCUCACGGGCAACGGUUUGACGCGACUCACGCCCAAGCUGUUUGCAGAGAGCCUGAGCGUGAGAAGCAUUCGCAUCGAGAACAAUCUGAUUACGGCAAUAGAGGAGGGAACGUUUGAACCGUUGAAGAAACUCAAGAUCUUAAAUUUAGCCAGAAAUAAUCUCGUCUACAUCUGUGAUUUUAAACUCCGUCAGGUGAAACUCUUGAAUCUUAGCAGGAAUUCCAUAGAGUUCUUUGUCACCCGUGAGGACGGUCACCCAUACGAGCUGGAGAUCUUAGAUCUGAGCUUCAACAACCUCCUCUAUUUCCCCAUGGUCCCCAAGACCAACCGGUUGAGAUACCUCCACCUACAGAGCAACAUGGUGGGGACCUUAGAGACAGACACCUUAAUAUCGGAGGCAGACUCUCUGUACAGAGAACUAACAAGUGAAGAUGAGGUAAAUGAUGCUGUAGACAACAACAACAUAUACUCUAACUGGAAACUGAUGCCGUUAGUUUACAUGGACCUCAGUAGUAACCACUUCAGGUCUCUACCUGUGGAGACUCUGAGCCAUCUGACGUCUUUGGUGACGCUGAACCUCAGCAAGAACUGUCUACAGGACAUCAGCUAUAACACAACGAAGGGCGGCAACGGCCAUGUUGGAGGCUACCACCAACCUUCCUUGACCUUUCCGUCUCUACGCUACUUCGACCUGCAGAACAACGGUCUUCGACAACUCUCCACCUUCUUCCUGGAAGCCCUACCAAACAUAGAGACAUUAAACCUGAAGGAGAACUCUGUGAGGCCUUGUAAUCCAAAGGACCAACUGGGACCAUCUGAGACAACGAGAGUUAGUCUUAGUAGUAUGUCCCCUUGUGUUUCCUUCAGGAAUAUCAAAACUCUGAGAAGUCUAGAUCUCCAAGACAACGGGAUCAAAACACUCCAUCGGAACACAUUUGAAGGAACCCCUUUGGUUUCUCUCAACCUGGCCAGUAAUGUAGAUAUAAUCUUUGAUAUUGGCGCUCUAGAGGGGUUGCAGAGUAGUCUCCAGUCUCUGAGUAUCAGUGGGAACGGCAUGACGACCUCUGCCUUGUCUCUGCCUUGUCUGAAAGCAUUGAGACGACUCAACAUGUCCAACAACGACGUAGACGUCCUCCCGGGCAUCAUCAGCUGUUCUCCUUUGACGGAGCUUGACGUGAGAAAUAACGGGCUAACGUCUAUGAAUGAAUCUGUGGUUGAUCGUUUGUCUCUAUAUCUUGAUGUGUUGUAUGUCAGUGGCAACUCUUUCAACUGCUGUGACACCAAAUGGCUAAAAGCCCUAAGCAAAGAGAAAGUGAAUAUUCCGGACCUUGACCAUGCUGUGUGCCUCAGUGUCAAUGGUACUCUGUUGACUAGCCUUCUGCGUAACCAUUCACUGCACUGUUCAUUGGAACUGAGCCCAAAGAUAACAGAACCAAACCUUGGGCAAAUAAUAAUAAUGAUUUUGUUUGUGUCGACAGUAUUGAUAACAUUAGUUGUAUUUGUGAAGAAGGUUUGUUGCAACACGGGGUCAUUAAUUGUGUAAUGAUUGUGCAUGUAAAACCAAGAGCUGUGUUUGAAUACCCAUACUAACAUACUGUAUACUACAUACUUAAUGUGCAUAUUAUAUACUAUUAGUUAAUGUUAGUAUACUGUAAUU